AUGCCCAUUAAACCGGUUGUAACCACCGUGAUAGCUCUUUUCUCCACCAUUCUUGCUCUCUAUUCAAUCCCAUGGCCUUCCUCUCUCACAUCUAUUGCUACAACUAUCAUAACCAAUUCUCAACUCGGACCAUUAUCAAUAUAUGCAGCAUUCUUUGGACAUAGACACCAUCAUGUUCCAAUAAAGGGUUGUGAGAAAUGGACGUCAAGGCUUACACACCUCUACAAGGCGUCUCUUGUGUUGACUGUUGAUUUGAACGGUUGUGGUAACUUCAGCAAUGUUCAAAGUGCCAUUGAUUCUGUACCGGAUUUAAGCCCUUCCAAAACUCUCAUUAUCGUCAAUUCGGGUGUUUAUAGGGAAAAAGUUACAAUUAAUGAGAACAAGACAAACAUUGUAAUGCAAGGAAGAGGAUAUCAAAACACAUCCAUUGAAUGGAAUGACACAGCAAAAUCCGCAGGAGGCACUGCCUAUAGCUUCUCUUUUGCUGUGUUGGCAGCUAAUUUCACAGCUUACAAUAUUAGCUUCAAGAACAAUGCGCCAGAACCAGAUCCUGGUGAAGAUGAUGCACAAGCAGUUGCUCUAAAGAUUGAAGGAGACCAAUGUGCUUUUUAUGGAUGUGGAUUCUACGGUGCUCAAGAUACUCUUCUAGAUGAUAGAGGAAGACACUUCUUCAAAAAUUGCUUCAUUCAAGGGUCCAUAGAUUUCAUAUUUGGCAAUGGAAGAUCAUUAUAUCAGGAUUGUACGAUUAAUUCGAUAGCUAAGGAGGUUACAUCAGGGGUGAGUGGAUCUAUCACAGCACAUGGAAGACAAUCAAAAGAUGAACAAACAGGAUUCUCUUUCGUUGAUUGUAAGAUAGAUGGAAGUGGGCAAGUGUGGCUUGGACGAGCUUGGGGAGCCUAUGCUACCGUAGUGUUCUCAAACACCUACAUGUCUGGAAUCAUCACUCCAGAAGGUUGGAAUGAUUGGGGUGACCAGACCAGAGAAAAGACAGUGAUUUUUGGAGAGCAUAAGUGCUAUGGAGAAGGAGCAAAUUACAAAGGCAGAGUUUCAUAUGGGAAACAACUAACCGAUUCUGAAGCAUCUUCAUUCACGGACAUUUCUUACAUAGAUGGAGACCAAUGGCUAAGUCAGAGUAACAUACUCUCCGAGCUUACAUCUCAAGAUAACAGUGAAGAAAACUUAUCAGAUUUUAUUAACCGAUAUGAGGAUCAUGAUGCAUAGUUACACACACAAAACACUGAGAUAUAGUUUAUUUCUAUAAUAAGAAACAUUCAUCUCUAGUUUUCAAACAAUACCAAAUACUCUAUUAUCUUCCUCAUUCCAUAUCUAAAUGAUUUCAGAUUAAGAGUAGCGAAUCUAUG